AUGGCUCCGGUGGAGAAGAGGCUUACGUGCAAGGCCUUUUCGGUCCUGUGCUGCAUCAGCCUGAUAGAUUGCAUCAACGGCACCAUGCUCUCGCCCUACGUGGAUGAGUUUGUGGCCCAUCUGCUAGCCAAGCCCCGUGGUGACCCCGGCAUCUCUAUUUGGGUCUCGGUCUUGGUGGGCUCCUACUCCUUGUGCGAGGUCCUCUUCAGCCCCAUGUGGGGUCUGCUGGCCGACAGGUUUGGCCGGCGCCCGGUUCUUCUGGUGGGCUUGGCGGGCUCCGCGGUGGCGCCGCUUCUACUCGGCCUUGCAGACAGCUACUGGGCAGCGCUGGCAGCUCGCCUCAUGGACGGCUUCUUCUGUGGCAACGCGUGCGUCGCGAGGACCUACUUGGGCGAGUUGGUGGAUGCCGAGAAUGAAGCCUGGGCCUUUGGCACGAUGGGUCUUGUCUUCUCCCUUGGCCUCUUUGUUGGCCCCGGUUUGGGUGGAGCGCUGGCAAACCCGGCGGACUGGGCUCCAGGGCUCUUUGAGUCCACCAUCUUCGAGCGCCACCCCUUCUUGCUGUCCAACCUGAUAUUCUCUUGCCUGGUGGUCUGUGUCUUCAUACUGGGUCUUGCAGCCUUGAAAGAGACCCGCAGGCCACGGGAGGGCGAGUCAUUCCUUCCAGCGGACGCAGACGCAAGGCGCACGUCAAGGUUCCCGCAAGGCCGCCGGUUGUGGCAGCUGUUGAUCACGAGCAGCUUGAUGUAUGGCUAUGUGGCUGCUCGCAUGAACUCCUUCGUGCUCGUGUCAUCCUUGCCUGGGAGUAUGCGAGGACUCGGGCUGUCGUCUCAUCAGAUCGCAUACAUCCAGACUUUUGCUGCCCUUGCACUGGCACUGAACCAGGUGACGUUUUACCGUUGCUUGGUGAAGAAGUUCGGGCCCCACAUCAGCUGUAGCAUCGGGCUGCUUUGGACCAUCAUCCUCACUUUGCCCGCUGCCGCGGUUCUUAGCAAGGCGCACACGGGGCUGUGGCGGGAGCAUUCUCGAAUCCAAACUGCUGCCUUCUCCGGGUGUGCGUGGCGCCUGGUACCCAUUACGGUGUGGCAGGCCCUUAACCAACUUGGAUUUGGCACUGCUGUCCCACUUUGCGCCGUGCUGCUCAACAAGGAAUUCACGGCACGCAAUCGGGCUGUGGUCAACGGCUGGAGCUGCUCUCUGAAUGCCCUCUCACGUGGCGUGGGCCCUGAGAUUGCCGGUGCUUUGGUGCACCUAGGCUGCUCCCUUGAGACUAGGAGACAGGGAGCCUUCGUCUGGGACGCUACCUUCCAUUUUAUGUCAACCUACUUCCGGCAGCUGCUUGCGACUGUGAGCACCUGGUUAGCACAAAUUGGCUUUGCGGCAGCGACAGCGGCUCAGACAUUUGGUCAGACUGCAACGCUGCGCGAGGCGGCUCCAAGAGACAGCCGGAAGACGCAGGUUCUCAACUUGCCCAUGAGCUGGCACAAAGCCAAACUAUCGACCCCUAUGACCUGGAUCGGCUGGCAAUUUGACUUCCGCACCUACACGGUUCACCUCGAUGUCAUAUCGGCCACAUCGGAGCCCGAAGACAAGGCAAGGUCCAAGAGUGUAGCUGAAGCGGAGUCCUCUGGUCGCAAGGGGAUGCCAAGUGAGGCUUUGCUUUCCGAGGAAGUGACCGGCGUUCUGCAUUUGUUGAUGGCCUUGAUAGACCCUUAUAGUGCCGGGGAGCUCGCGCAAAGUACUGCGCCAGACCAUGCGACUUUGCGGCACCUCGUCGUGUCGCACGCGGGCCGCCCAGUCUUCCAGCAGGCCCUUGCUGGGUCCGGACUCCUGGAAGGACUUUCAGCUGACUUGCCGGUGAAGGAGAAGACUGCGGCAAGAAGGUGCUGGGCCAAGUCCAAGGUUGACCCCAACAAGGCAACCCCUGCAGAAGUCCAAAGGCUGCGGAAGCUUCAGGCAGCACAGAUGCCUUCGCCGCACCUGCGACGAGCCGUUACUCAGCUGUCGCGCUGCCUGAAAUGCGGCUCGACCGAGAGUCGCUCUGGCAAGCGGUGGCAAUCGUGUCCCACCGCCAAGUGCGCAGCGGAGCACAACGUGCUGUUCACGCGCGACGCAGUGUGCUACCCUUGCCGCUCUUUUGGAUGCAAGGACAGCCGCGUUGUCCUGAUGUCCGACAGCGCAGCGGCAUACGGCACGGUGCUUUGUGGCUCUUGGCAGAGCAUGAUCCGCAUCUCUGAUUUUCACAGCAUCUUCAGUGGAAUCGUGCAUGAAGCCGAAGGCUCAACUGUGCAGCCCCCAGGGCAAACUGGCUCCAGUUUGUGGGUGUUUUUUGCCUCCAGGGCAAGAUUCCGUGAUGAAGUAACUUUCAUCUAUGUUUCCAAUGUGAUUGCUGUCUGGAGUGGAUGGCCCAUGUUGGGCCCAAUGUCGGGCUCGUCUCGACUCUACGACCCGGAGUACUGUUGUGCAAAGAAUAUGCUGCGGUGCAACGGCAAAGCCGAUCCACUGGACCCGGCCUUAUCCGACCGCUUCGCCAUGCAGCUGCGCCUGGAGGGCUGCCUUCUCGGCAAGCAGUGGGACGAAGCUCGCCAGAUCAUGAGCGUGGCCCUUAGUCUGACGGCGGAGCCGCAAGAUCAGAUGCCAUUGCUGCAGUCUUUGCAAGAAGUUAGCCUGGAUGCCAUCACGGUGCCCGCUGAGAUGCGCCGCUUGCUGCUGCGUCUGGUGCAAGCUUUGGUGGCAGAGUGUCGCAGGCCUGUGGGUGAAGGCCUCAGUUCACAAUACGUCUCUUCUACCCAGGUGGUGUUAGCCAUGGAUGUAGGUGACCCCGUCCGGACCCUGGAGGAGAAGAAGAAGAAAAGAACGGAAGGGGGGGGUGAGAAGGGGGCCUUCGGUCCCGAGCGAGGCCUACGGAAAGACAGGCACUUUGAGCCGGAGGUCAUUCUACUCAUUCGCCAAGCGUGCCGAAAGCCUGGUCGACCAUCUCGUCCUCCACUCACGGUGGACUCCAAGAUGUCUCCGCCACCGAAGAAGCAGUGCUUUGAACGCCUGAGCCAUGCAUUGGCUCUGCCCAUCUGUGUCGUGCCAGCUUCCACCCACGUCCUCCGGAGUGGACGUGCUUUGCGGCUGAGCACUAGGUCCGACCGGACCUUCUUGGUAAAGGCUGUCCGCGCCGUCGACCCAGCAGAGCUCCAACUUGCUCGAUCUGUCAUUCGAGAGUUUGCAUUUGCAUCGUGUUGCCAGGUCCUCAAGAUGUUCUGCAUCGGCUGUGUCUUUCCUCCUCUGUGCAUUGGUAAUGGGUUGGUCGUGAAAGCGCGUACCCGAAUUGACAUACGAUUUCCGUGGUGGCGCUUCGGCUCCCUUUUCUGGAAUCCAGAGGAGCGAGAGAGAAUGGGCUUCGGAGUGAGAGGAUUCGUGGUGGUGACCCAGGGGAUGGUACGUGACGCGGGGACCCUGCUGGCUGCGACGGUAUACGGGACGGGGGGGGCCUGCGGGGUGCAAGCUUGGGCGGGACGGGACGAUGACGGACGGUACGGCACGGUACAGUGCGGGACGGAACAGGAUGAACGAGCCUUGGUGGCCGGACGGUUUCGGACCCUGCGGGUGCGAACGGUACGGGACGGAGGGGACCCUGUGCGGUGUGGGAUUGGGCGGCGGGACGCCACGGUACAGGACCGGUGGGCGGCGGGACUGAACGGGCCGGUGAGGCCCGACGUGCACGCCCGCAUUGACAAGAUCAUCGACGGGGUUAUCCAGGAGAGCCCUGCAAAGAGGGAUUUUGCCGUCCCUGGGCCGGCCCGGCAUCAUUCCAAGGGAGAUUUCGCCAGUUUCACCUUCGCAUAUUCAUUUUCGCUGGAUGUCAUCCAGCUUUACAUGCGUCGCAGAGGCAUGACCCCCACGGUUCCGAAACUGGUGGACUUUCCUCAGGAUAUUGCUGCCCUGGCUGCCUGGACUGCUCAUGGUAGCCACUGCGAGGUAGCCCCACAAAACACCACAGGAAUUCGCCGGCAUCCGGAGGCAGUGCUCCGCCUCCUGGCAGGGAGCCGAAGUGCCAAGAGCAUCGCGCAGCAGCCGGAGAUUUGGCAAUGCUUUUGCUUUCUGCGCUGGGGCAGCGGAGCCAACCUGCAUCUCUACGACCAUGCCAAAGAAUGCCUUCGAGAUCGGAACGGCUGGUUCCCAUGGCAGGGGAUGGGCAUGUCACUGCCUUCUUUCGAGCUGCGGCACAUGAUGGCCCAUCAGCAGGAUUGCGCAUCCAUGGAUAUGAGAACCACAGCUCAGGAGCUUGUGACUGUGAGUGAAGCUACAAGGCGGAAGAAAGCACGGCUGCAAAUUCUGGACCCGGCCAGCGCCGCGACGAAAGCAAAUCUGGAAGUGUCUCCGUCAACUAUUAACUGCUGCGACGUAGCCAGAGGCCUGGUCUGUGUCGGCAGCGACGAUGGCCAGGUUCGAGCCUACGGCGUGCGGUGCCCCGCGCGCAACGAGUAUUCUUUGCUGCAGGAGGUCUCGUGCCACGACAAGGUGAACGACCUCCGCAUCACGGAAGAGGGCAAGGUUGUGGCACUGAAGACGCGGCGGAAUCGUAUACCCUUGGGGUUGGAUAUAAUUGACCUUGAGCAUUCAAGCCUCACCUUUGUGUCGGGAGGGAGCCGGGCCAGCAGAGGCAAGUUUUUGCAUGCCCUGGACGGUUUCGAUGGUGGGUGCACUUUAAACCAGAUGACGUGUAUCGGUGAGCAUUCCCUGACGACCAGCUUCUCAGCAAUGCUCUUCGACUUUCGACGCAGCGACCCCUGUGUGCUGGACGUCCCAGUGACCGACGAGGGUGACAUGCUCUUGUGGCCUCUGCGAGCCGGCCGCUUCCCGCAGGUCUUCUGCGGUCUGGUACCUGGGUCUUCAGCAAGCCCCGGAGGGCUCAUCAGCAUGGUGGACUUCAGAUAUGCUACGGACUUGGUUGCAGCCAUGCAUUGCCACCUUCCCCGCCCCGUGGACGAUUUCCGGUAUCUGGAUGGAAGCAUCUAUGCCAUUUGCUCUGACCACCUGAAUUCAAAAGCCUCGCCCAUCACGCUGCACCGAUUUUGCCCGGAAGCCAGCAGGGCGGAACAGCUCUGCACAGUGGUGGAAUCCUGUCCCGCCCGAGCAUGGAGAGCCGAAGGCGAUUUGAAGGUCUUAGGCGUCCAUCCUGGCGGCUUCGCUGUGGCCUUCGGUGAUGAGCUGGUAUUGGGCGCCGUGGCACGGCCCGACGGGAUGGCGUGA